AUGUCUGCGGCCGGCGGCACGUAUCGAAGCACCCCUAAGGGCAGGGGACAGGUGCCUUUCGCCAGCAAUGCUCCCUCUGGCAUCCCUCGUCCAGCCUUAGACUCCUAUCCGAGUCAAUCAGCAAGCGAAGCGGGAACUUCGACGCUCAGUGCCAGCAGGGCGAAGCAGUCGAAGCGAGAUGAGGCUAUACGGAAGAAGAUCGAGACGGAUCUCAACAAGAAGAAGAAUCCGGGAGGUCGCGUUCGGCCGACCAGAAAAGCUCCUCCAGGCACCGUUCUGGCUCUGAAGCCCAGCCCAGCCCUUCAGAUCAAGCCCAACACCACCGUAGCUGAGGCUGCUCAGCUGAUGGCAGCGAAGAGAGAAGACUGCGUCCUUGUCACCGACGAUGACGAGCGAAUUGCUGGUAUAUUCACGGCGAAAGAUCUGGCGUUUCGAGUUGUGGGUGCUGGUAUCAAGGCCAGGGACGUGACUAUCGCGGAGAUCAUGACCAAGAAUCCCCUUUGCGCCAAGACGGACACGAGCGCAACUGAUGCUCUGGAUCUGAUGGUCCGGAAAGGCUUCCGGCAUCUGCCCGUCAUGGAUGAAAACCACGACAUCUCGGGCAUUCUCGACAUCACGAAGUGCUUCUACGAUGCUAUGGAGAAGCUUGAGCGUGCGUACAGCUCGUCACGAAAGCUUUACGAUGCGUUGGAGGGCGUUCAGGCUGAGCUAGGGUCCAGCCAGCCACAGCAGAUCAUUCAAUACGUAGAGGCUAUCCGUACCAAAAUGUCAGGACCAACGCUGGAGUCGGUCCUUACCGGACUGCCGCCUACAACAGUGUCCGUCCGGACAUCAGUCAAGGAGGCGGCACAGCUCAUGAGAGACAAUCAUACCACCGCAGUCCUUGUUCAAGACCAAGGAUCGAUCACUGGCAUAUUUACCAGCAAGGAUGUCGUGCUGCGCGUUAUUGCAGCCGGCUUAGAUCCGGCGACCUGCAGCGUCGUCCGCGUGAUGACACCUCAUCCGGAUUUUGCACCCAUGGAUAUGAGCAUACAGGCCGCUCUACGCAAGAUGCACGCAGAUGGCCACUACCUAAACCUCCCAGUCAUGAGCGAAGCUGGCGAAAUUGUUGGAAUGGUCGACGUCCUAAAACUGACAUAUGCUACUUUGGAUCAGAUCAACUCCAUGUCGACCGAGAAAGAUGAGGGUCCAGCCUGGAACAAGUUCUGGCUCUCCCUCGACAACAACGACACGGAGUCAAUGAUGUCUGGCGAGGGCGGCAGCAGCCGUAUGCCGCACACACCGGACGCUCGUUCACUCAUGUCACCUGACCCAAUGAUGCGACCGGGCAUAGAGCGUGGCGACAGCGUGUUUCCGAAUGAGUCCGCGUCUCAUCAUGAGGAUUCCCCAGACCAUUCGGCAGUAGCCGGGGCUCAGCCGACGCCGUCAGAAGAGAUACCGUUUCCUUUCAAAUUUAAGGCACCCAGCGGCCGUGUUCAUCGUCUACAGGUGGCUGCGGCUGCUGGUAUGACUGAGCUCAUUUCCAGCGUCGCCGAGAAACUAGGGAAUGAGAUCGAGGCCGUAGGUGGUGUACCAAGCCUUGAGGAUGGCAAGCUUGGUGCCUCCGGCUUUGCUCUAAGCUAUCUCGAUAAUGAGGGCGACACUGUUUCUAUCACUACCGAUCGGGACUUGCUUGAUGCCAUAAGCCUAGCACGACAGACGCAUCGAGACAAGGUCGACCUGUUCGUUCACGACCCGUCACAGCCACCACUAUCAGCAAUGCUUGACCCACAUCCAGGACUCGCCAAGCCACCGACUCCACCAGAGUCAACACUGAAGCACCGCAGGAGGUACGAGGAGGAUGAAGAGGCGGAGGAAUCCCCCGAGAGGCCUGUUAGGGAAAAGAAACAGCCGUCAGCUUCCGUGAAGCAAGAUGAGCAGAUCAUCGCCGGCGUGCCAAACGAGCUUCUUCUGCCUGGUGCUGUCGUCACCUUGGCGGUUGUUGUUAUUGCUGUCUUUGCUUUGGGACGGGCGAGCAGUCGGUAG